CUUUCGCCGGAAGAGAAGCGAGUUUCUGUGGGGGCCGGCCAUCUUGUGUGGGCAGCAAAGAAGCACGUAGGGGGUGGGCCGGGGCCUGGGCAGCAUCGGAGGAGGAUCCCACCCAAAGGGGUCCAUCAUGCCCGGACACCUGCAGGAAGGCUUCGGUUGCGUCGUCACCAACCGCUUUGACCAGCUCUUGGACGACGAAUCCGACCCCUUCGAGGUGAUCCAGGCGGCCGAGAGCCGCAAGAAAGAGAGCACCGGUGGGGGCGGCGGCGGCGGAGGCCACCAAGGCAGCCGCGGCGGCGGAGGCGGCCAAGCGGCCCAAGCUAAUUCAUCGUCAGGCGGCGGUUCGGGCCAGGUCGGUUCCGGCGGAGGGAGCGGCAGCGCGGCGAAGCAGCUGCGCAGGGAAUCGCAGAAGGAGCGCAAGAACCCGUUGCCGCCCUUCGCCUCUUCGACUGGGCCCGGAGGCGCCGGGGACCGGAGAGAGGAUGGAGGCGGUCAGCCUGGCUCGGUGCCUCUCAGGAAGGAAGGGAUAAGACGAAUUGGCAGAAGGCCUGAUCAGCAACAGCCUCAGGGAGAGGGCAAGCCUAUUGAGAGGAGGCAGGAGAGACGGCCUCCUCGUGAACGACGAUUUGACAAACCUGCUGAAGAAAAGGGUGAAGGAGGAGAAUUUUCUGUUGAUAAACCCAUUAUUGAUCGUCCUAUACGUGGCCGUGGUGGUCUUGGAAGAGGUGGUCGUGGUGGAAGAGGACGUGGAAUGGGCAGAGGAGAUGGCUUUGACUCUAGAGGCAAACGUGAAUUUGAUAGGCAUAGUGGAAGCGACAGAUCUUCUCUUUCACAUUCACAUUUCAGUGGUCUAAAACACGAAGACAAGCGUGGCGGGAGUGGAUCACACAACUGGGGAACUGUCAAAGAUGAACUGACUGACUUGGAUCAAUCACAUGCAACAGAGGAAACACCAGAAGGAGAGGAACAUCCCCCUGCUGACUCGGAAAACAAGGAAAAUGAAGUAGAAGAAGUUAAGGAAGAAGGUCCUAAAGAAAUGACUCUUGAUGAAUGGAAAGCUAUUCAGAAUAAGGAUCGUGCAAAAGUUGAAUUCAACAUCCGUAAACCAAAUGAAGGUGCUGAUGGACAAUGGAAAAAAGGCUUUGUUCUGCACAAGUCAAAGAGUGAGGAGACAAAGGGGAUGUCAGAAAUGCAGGGGAGUCAGCUGGAGCCCAAUGAGUCUCAUGCUGAGGACUCUGUAAUGGAUCAUCAUUUCCGCAAGCCAGCAAACGAUAUCACGUCUCAACUGGAGAUCAAUUUUGGGGAUCUUGGUCGUCCUGGGCGUGGUGGUAGAGGUGGAAGAGGCGGUCGUGGGCGUGGGGGAAGGGCUAACCGUGGAAGCAGAACUGACAAGUUGGUUAAAGAGUUUGAUGUGAUCCACACACCCAACCAGUCAAGUGCUUCUGCUCCUGAUGUUGAUGAUCCAGAAGCUUUCCCGGCUUUAUCCUAAACUGGAUGCCCUAAGCCAACCCUGCCUCUUGUUGGGCCCUUCUCUACAAGGCUUGCAUGCUUAAGGAUCCUAAAAACAACUUAAGAUAUUAAAACGGGGACUCUCAUUCAUGCCAUUCACACCUGAAGACUGAAUUUUACCUGUUUUGAAAUGAACUUCUCUUGCUACACAGAAGCAACAAUAUGGUAGUCAGUUUUGUAUUUAGAAAUGUAAUGGUAGCAGGGAUGUUUUCAUAAUUUUUUUCAGAAAUUAUGCAUUCUUCAUGGAUACUUUUUUGUAUUGCUGCUUGAAAAUAUGCGUUUCCAAACUUGAAAUAUAGGUGUGAACAGUGUGUACCAGUUAAAGCUUUCACUUCAUUUAUUUUAUUUUUUUUUAAAUUAGGGUUAGAUGUGCUUUCCCUAAACUACAAACAAUUUUAACUCUUGCACACUAUUUCUUUUAAUACUGCUUAGCAGAUGGUUUUCAGUCCACGGUCAGCUGGGAUAUGUAUAAAAAUAAUAUGGAAAAUCGUUAGUACUGUGUGGAAUACUAACUUCUGGAGUAUUUGAGUUUUUAAUACUUAAGUCAAACUUGGAAAGUCCAUUUUCUUCUAUCUUUGGUAGUUUGUGUAUUCAAAAUCUUUAUACAAAAUUGAUAUCAGAUACUUGAAAAAUAGUCAAAGCACAUUGGUUUAUAUUCUCAAUACCUGCUUGUGAAUCCAGCAGCUCUGGUUGGAUAAUUGGCCUAAGCCAUUUUUUUAAAAAAAAAAACAAUCCAUGUUGCACCUCUCAUUCACCCUUUUUCUUCAAGAAAACUAGUUGUCUGUUUGGUAAACUUUGUUUAAACUUGUUAAUAUUGUUGCUACCAAAAAUAUUCGGUAGUGGAGCAACUUUUUUUCAAGACAUGGAAGGUUGGGAACACAGUGGUAUCUUAUUUCUUAAUAUAGUUGGUUUAAACUACAGUUGAUACUUUGUGGCAGUGCUGUAAAUCUACAUUAAAAUGCAGCCCCUUGGGUGCAUUUAAACACUGUUCCACUAGCAUGCAACCCUGAUUCUGAAGAAGAAACCAAAGGGCACUGUAUACUUCUUGGGAAAAGGAUUAUUUGACUUGUUUAAAUUGGAAAACCAAGACCAUGAAAGUGGGACAGCAGUGGUCUGCGUGGGACAUAAGCCAAACCUCGCCACCCAAUUGAAAUGUGGAUCUUGCUCUAUUGCUUCAGCUUUUGGCCUUGCCUAGCUGAGAAGUGAAUGUUUUAUUUUUGGUGUGGGGGGUGAUUGUAAGCUCUCCUUUCCACUGUAGAAUUUUCUUAAUAUUUUAACUUAAUCCCUGUGAAAGAGAAUGUUACCACUUUCAAAACAUGAAAGGACUUGAGCAAAUAAUAAAAAAGGACUACUUUGCCUUUCUGUCUACAA